UUGGGCUCAAGUGUUCUUUUUGUGGUGAUGCAAGUCCUUUUCUGCUUCUACAGCUGGUUGGAUUCCCCCCUCCUCCACCUCUCUCCCUCUCCCUCUCUCCCUCUCUCAGCACCUCGCAGGUCUCCCUCUCUUUUGAGCACUACAUUGCCUGAGUGAAUUGAAAGGAAAAUACAGAUCAGCUGCAGGUUUCUAGCUACCAAAACACAUUCAGAAGGAAAGAAGGCAGAGGGGGAAAAACACCAGGCUGGAAACCAGAGAAAUACUGCUUGGUCUCUUAGCAAAACAUUCAGCGGCUGAAUAAAAGAGGGGGGAAAAACCUGUUCAUGUUUUGGGAUAUUAUUCUCUCAACUAGCUGGAACCAGAGUGGAUCAAAAGAAUGGGAAAUGCCAGCAAAGCCGCUAGAAGAAUUACUUCUUCCCUGUGCCUUUUAUCUGUACUGUUGCUGCUGACAGAAGAGAGCAGAUCUGCAAAGACAACAUGUCCUGCUUGGUGUACUUGUACCAAAGAUAAUGCUCUGUGUGAAAAUGCCAAAUCUAUUCCGCGCAGCGUUCCGCCUGAUGUUACCUCCCUAUCCUUUGUGAGAUCAGCUUUUACAAAAAUCCCAGAACGGAGUUUUAUUUUCUCACCAUCUCUGCAACUUCUAUUAUUUACAGCCAAUACAUUUGAUGUCAUUAGUGGUGAUGCUUUCAUGGGCCUUCCUCAUCUAGAAUAUUUGUUUAUAGAGAACAAUAACAUCAAGUCUCUUUCAAACACCUCUUUCCGGGGACUGAAAUCUUUAAUUCAUCUGAGUCUUGCAAACAAUAACCUCCAAACGCUCCCCAAAGACAUAUUCAAAGGACUGGAUUCAUUAACCAAUGUAGACCUUAGAGGAAAUGCAUUCAAAUGUGACUGCAAACUGAAAUGGUUAGUAGCAUGGAUGAGCAGAACAAAUGCAACAAUAGAAGACAUUUAUUGUGAAAGCCCACCAGAGUAUAAGAAGCGCAAGAUCAACAACCUAUCCCCCAAUGAAUUUGACUGUAUUAUUACAGAAUUUGUUGUAUUUCGAAAGCUGCCAUAUCAAUCUCUCUCAGUGGACACUUUCUCAUACCAGAAUGAUGAGUAUGUGGUUAUCGCUCAGCCUUUUACUGGAAAAUGUAUCCUCCUUCAGUGGGACCAUGUAGAAGGGACAUUUAGGAAUUUUGACUAUAUUACAGGGAUAUCAAUAGUGGUAUGCAAACCUGUUAUUGUGGACAACCUCCUGUACAUCAUUGUUGCACAACUCUUCGGUGGCUCCCAUAUCUACAAAAGAGACAUUCAUGCCAAUAAAUUUAUAAAAAUUCAAGACAUUGAGAUACUCAAAAUUAGAAAGCCCAAUGACAUUGAAACAUUUACCAUUGGAAAAGAUUCCUACUUUGCAAUAGCAGACAGUUCAAAAGCUGGCAUCACCACAAUCUACAAAUGGAAUGGAAAUGGAUUUUAUUCUGACCAAUCUUUGCAUGAGUGGUACAGAGAUACUGAUGUGGAGUACCUGGAAAUAGAUGGAAAGCCUCAUUUGAUCCUGUCAAGCAGUUCUCAGCACCCUGUCAUCUAUCAGUGGAGCAAAGGAGCAAACAACUUUGUUGACCCAGUUGAUAUUCCAGAUAUGGAAGAUGUUUAUGCUGUAAAGCACUUCACAGUGAAAGAGGACACUUAUGUCUGUCUAACAAGAUUCAUUGGUGAUUCCAAAAUCAUGAAAUGGGGAGGAUCUAAAUUUGUGGAUUUACAAAGGAUGCCAUCAAGGGGAUCUAUGGUAUUUCAGCCUCUUCAGAUAAAGAAUUAUCAGUAUGCUAUUCUUGGAAGUGAUUAUUCUUUUACUCAAGUCUAUUUCUGGGAUGCAGCAAAGGCCAAGUUUGUGAAGUUUCAAGAAUUAAAUAUACAAGCACCAAGAUCUUUCACACAUGUCUCUGUUGACAAAAAGGAUUUUCUCUUUGCAUCAAGUUUUAAAGGGAACACAGUGAUUUAUAAACAUAUAAUUGUUGACUUAAGUGCUGUGUAACACACCUACACAGAAAAAACAACAACACAGGGUUGAGUCUGUUUUGGGACUUCCUCCACUGAUAACAAAGACUUAAUGAACUAAAUGCAUGACAGUGAUUCUCUACUUCCAGUCUUCGGAAUGCCUUUAACAGUUGAGAUUGCUAGAAUUAAAUACUACAAGUAUCUUCAUCCAUAAAUGUCAAGAUUAGUGCUUCUUUGGAGUUGCAUUUUUUAAAGAACAACAAAUUAAAUUGUUAAUUUGCACUCACUAUGUAAAUAUGUAGUGGAAUUCCAUCUGUCUUAGGUGAUGGGAGUGGGACUGUAAUUUUCCAUUACACACCUAUUUGAAAACUGCCAAAUAAAAAUGUUUACAUUUUC